AUGGCCGGGUUUUUACACGCCGCCGUGAUCGCGCUGGCUAUGCUCCUGUUGGUCCAUGCUGGGCGAGAUGAGCUCUUCCUUCGCUUUAACCCAGCACGAAGCCCACCUGCAGACACAAGCAUCUAUCAACAUAAUCUAGGAGACCUCAGCUCGUGGUGCGCGCAUUCAAUUGAAUGUCCAGAGGGAUUCGCAUGCAUCGACUCCGCCUGCAUGCGGCAAAACCCUUGUGAUGGCGAAGCCAGCCCAUGCCUCAACGGAGGUAGCUGCACCAACACGAUCGGCGGCUACACGUGCGACUGCCCCGCGACAUACACGGGAAGCAACUGCGAGACGGACGUGAACGAGUGUAAUCGCGGAGUCAGCCCAUGCCUCAACGGGGGCAGCUGUACCAACACGAUCGGUGGCUACACGUGCGACUGCCCCGCGACAUACACGGGAAGCAACUGCGAGACGGACGUGAACGAGUGUGAUGGCGAGGCCAACCCAUGCCUCAACGGGGGUAGCUGCACCAACACGAUCGGCGGCUACACGUGCGACUGUCCUCAACACCACAGCGGCCCCACAUGCGACACCUAUACCUCCCCCUGUCCAAACUGUUCGGCUCCAGGCCAGCACUGUGUCCAAACGUCGGAAUCCUACACCUGCAUCACCGAACCCUGCGCCCUCAUGACCUGCUACAAUGGUGGCACCUGCAUCGGCGACCUCUACCAGGGUCAGUGUCAUUGCAUGCCGGGCUGGGUCGGCUCCGACUGUCGCACUGACCAGGACGAAUGCGCUACCUUCAACCCCUGCGCCAACGGCGCCACUUGCCACAACGUGCCUGGCUCCUUCUCUUGCUCGUGCACUGCCCUACAAAGCGGGCCCUACUGCAACAUCUCCCUCGACCCCUGCGCCAGCGAACCCUGCCUCAACACGGGCUCCUGUACCUGGAAUCAAGAGCAGCCGACACCGAGCUAUACCUGUACCUGUCCCGGCUGGACCAGCGGGGCUCGCUGCGAGCGGAAGCUGGCUUGCAGUGCGCUGCCUCCCUCCCUCGAGGUCAUGGACGAUGCCGGCCUGGUUCAUAUCCUGGACCUGAAUUGUGUCGCCUUCCUGGGCAGUCUCACCCUCAACAAUGCCUCGGGCAGCCUCAGCCCUGGCCUGGUCCAGGAGCUCCUCCACACGUUGACCUCGGUGGGUGGCUACCUCGAGCUCAUCGCCAUUCAUGAUGUCGAGCUCGAGACUUUGGCCCAGUUGCUCAAGGGCUCGGACCAAGGCCUGGUUCAGCAGCGUCGGAACCAGGUGGCCGGUCGCGACCCCACCGUGGCCAAGCUGCAAGCCAAGCUCAAGAACUCGACCCUUCAGGGCGAGAGCCUGGCCCUCAUCAACUGCUCUCUGUCCACGCCCGAUACGGGGGCUGGCAGCAGCAACAGCUCCCUCCUUGAUGUCCUCGACUCCACUCUCAACGGCGGCGUCCUUCUCAGCAACACACCGCUUCGCGCCGCGCACGUUGUCACCCCGGAUCGCACCAAUGCCCUAUGGUGGGCCAGUGAUGAACGCCUGGCGACCAGCUUUUCCAUCCCAGCCGAACUGGCCAACACAUCCCUGGGCACCGACGGUACGGCAGGCAAUGUGUGCCCCAUGUUCAUCGACCCCGUGGCCGAUCCCGGGACGGGCCGUCACGCCUGCACGGCCGCCUGCGUCAGCUGUCCUCGCACGUGUACCAGCAGCACCGUUCUCAAGGGCUUGGCCUAUGGCUGCCAGUACGUGCAAGGCGAUUUGGUCCUGGAUGCCACGGCCCUGACCGAGGGUCAGCUCUAUGCCCGGUUGCACGAGGUGGCUUUUAUUGCGGGUCGGCUGGUCGUGCGAAACAAUGUUGAUUUGACGCACUUGGGCUUUUUGGAUCGCGUGGCCGGUGCCAGCUCGAUCGAGCUCUCGGGCAAUCCUGAUCUGGUGGAUGCACGAUUGAAGUCACUGAAGCCUGGUGUUCCCAUGGUCAUCACCAACAACGCCGUCCUGUGCGAUGCGGGUGGGCCCUAUGGUGAUCGCGCGUGUGAUGCGGCGGCUGCCGCAGAGCAGAGCUUUGCGGUGCGGAUGACUGAUGUGGACGCCGAGCAUGCGGCGUCGCCAGAGGUUCUGGCCUUGCUCGGUAACCUGAUCUCGACUCGCCUUGGCCUUGCCAACAUCUCGGUGAGCUGGGCACCGCAAAGCCGUAGCAACAACAACAACAACAACAACAACGGCAACAACAACGGCAACGACAACGAGUUUGGCCGGCGCCGCCGUGCCAAUGAGGUGGACAUGACGCUGCAGCUCAACGUCAACGUGGCCAGCACCAUGUUGGAUCAGACGACGCGGGCCCUGGCCAAUGUGACGAUCGAGGACAUGGCCGCCAUGCUGGUCGAGUCGAGCAUCACGGCCGCCAGCCUGGUCGAGGUUGCACCCAUCAAUACCCUCGUCCUUCGUGAGCGCGAGGAUGAGCUCGAACAGCUCUACGCCGUCCAGAUCAAGCAGGCACUGGUCAACCCGCAGAAGUUUGUUGUCGUUGUCAAGCCACCCAAGGUGGCUGGCAAACGCAUCGACAUUCUCUACACACUCUUCUUCCGCAAAGCCACCCCGCAGCAACACGCCGAUGCUCUCACCGCCAUUCUGCGCCGUGGUGUGCAGGCUGCCCCGGGUCUCGAGGCCAUUGAACUGACCGCUGCCCGUGCCACCAGUGUGGUCAACCGCAUUCUGACGUCCAUCACUUCGUGGCGCCAGGUCCACACGGACACCAAAACCACCAUGAAGGUGGACCGCUGUCGCCGACCGGGCGACGUCAACUGCGUGGACGACUGGGAGAACGUGGAGCUCAUGGUUCAGGCGUCCUUUGUCAUUGCUGGCCGCCAGCACGUUGUUCGCAGCGACCCACAUCCAAUCAGUGCGCGCGGGAAGCCGACCAUGGGCGUUGUGGCCGAUCGCAUUGCUGCACAGGCACGCCGCAUCGGAUAUUCGCGCAGCACCGAUGCCUCUCUGGACGCCUAUGUCGAGCAUGUGGGCCUCGAGCAGCUGUCUGGUGUGGAGUGGGUAGACAAUGCGACGGCCCACCGCCCACAGCUGACGACUGCCUCGCCAACCCUGGUUCCAGAGACUUGUCAGCCGACCUCGACCGAGGAUGCAGCUCCCGCCUGCGUACAACCCUACACCGAAUACCGUCUGGUCUCAUACCUUUCGGAUGGCGACGGGUACUUUUCCGAUCCACUUCAGGCCGAGACUGUGUUUCGGACGGCCACGGCUCGGCCAGACUCGCCGCCCGUCGUGGCUAGGACCAUGGUUCAUGCCCGGGGCCUGACCCUGGAACUGGAUGACCCCGUCGUGGCCAAUGGCCCCAUUACUCGGUGGCCAUGGUCCCUAUCGUGUGCCGACCAUACCUGUCCCACGGUGACCGGAAGCACCGAGCGUAGCGGCAGCGUGCAGAACGGCACGGCGAACAGCACAGCGGAGCUCAGCGAGGGCGGGGCCUUGUUGGCUCGCGAGCUGGCCCUGGGCAACCUGCUUCCCUACACUCAGUACACCUUGGAGGUCUCGGCUGCCACUUCAGCGGGGGCCGGCCCAGUCAUGGCCAUGUCCUUCAUGACCCCAGAGGCCUCACCCUCAGCCCCACGCCACGUGCAGGUGCAGCGGAAGCUUGUGGCUGGCAAGAACCAAUACAAUGUGAGCCUGGUGUGGGACAUGCCUGCCGAGGUCAAUGGCAUCCUCGUGGGCUAUGAGGUCGGUAUCAACUUGAAUCAGAGCGGCAUGCGCACCAACACGAGCGGCAACGCAACGGAGCUUGGCCUUUGGACCACCAGCCCAGACGACGUGUAUCAGGUCCGAGCCCGUACCGCGGCUGGCUGGAGUGACUGGAGCCUGGUGGCGACGGAGAUUGAGGCAAGCCGUUCGGACGGGGAGGACCCGUGGUCGCUGACGGGGACCAGGUUGCUACCCGUGUUGGCGGUUGCGGUGCUGCUUUUGCUUGGCUUGGCGGUGGUGCGUCACCGCCGACGGGCUCAACGCCUGCUGCAAGACUUUAAGCCGCAGGCAGACGAGUAUGAGGUGGAUGUGGCAGACAUUGUCCUUGGCAAGGAGCUGGGCAAAGGCGCGUAUGGCCAAGUGGUGCAAGCGGUGCUUAAGAGCCACGGCAGUGAAGCGGGAGUGCCCGUGGCUGUCAAGAUGCUGACUCGGGGUCAUGGCUCACGUCAACAGCGACAGUUUGCAUUUGAGAUGCACAUUAUGAAGCUGCUUCACCGCGCUGGGCCGCAUCGCAAUGUGACUCAAGAAAGCCCGAUGAUGCUGGCCACUGAGCUGAUGCCUCUGGGCAACCUCCGCGACUACCUGCACGAGCACAAACCGAGCAGCAACAGCAACAUCGAGGAUGGGGGCUUGAGUCUGCCCAGGUUGUGCGACAUUGCGGAAGGCAUUGCCUCGGGCAUGGCCUUUGUGAGCGAGCUGCGCAUCGUCCAUCGUGAUCUGGCAGCUCGCAAUGUGUUUGUGAGCCGUCGUCUUGUGCCCAAGAUUGGUGACUUUGGCUUGGGCGUAUUGUUGGACAAGUCCCAGGAGACAUUUGUGGACUCGUGUCAGGAGGGGUUGCCCAUGCGAUGGCUGGCACCCGAGGUGAUUAGCAGCGGUGUCUUCUCGUAUGCGUCGGACGUGUGGAGCUUUGGGGUGCUGUUGUACGAGCUCUUUACCCACGGCGGCAUGCCCUAUCCGGGGCAGACGAACGAGCAGGUCGCGGCGUCGGUGGUUGGGGGGCUUCGUUUGUCCCAGCCCGAGGACUGCCCGGACGCCGUUUAUGGCAUCAUGCUCCAGGCCUUUGCCCUCAAGGCGCGCCAUCGUCCUACUUUUGAAGCCCUUUCGAGCCUUCUUCACGAAGUCUCGAGCAGAUUCAAGAGUGGCGCUGCAGAUAUGGAUCUGCUCAGUCGCUCCAACCAUGGUCGCUCAAGCCGACCGGUUAUCAGGCCUGAGAAGAUAGGUGUGCCUGUGGUGCACACUCUUCAGCCUACGGUGGAUUUGCCCGAUUAUGUGGUACCAAACCCGUAUCGUCUGUCACGCCCAACCUCCGUGUAUUCUGAAUGUGGCUCUGCGUCAACUGUGGAUGCUUUCUUGACACUUGAUCCGAGUGAAGACUACAUUGUACUUGACCCCGAGGAUGGCGUUUAUCAUCAGUCUUAUAGCGUUGUCUGA